GUACGUGUAUUUCGUCAUUUCUCUGACUCAUGUUUUAUUUUUUUUGCGAACAUUUCCUCAAUCUUUACUGUUGUUUAGUGUACGUAUUGCAGUUCGUGAUUUUGUCGUUUUUUGCAGCCUAUCGGUAGCGUCAGAAAAUGACACAUUAAAAUAUUGAACUUUUUCGUAUCACUUUCUCUUCUCGAGUUAAACGCGGAGAUUAACAACUUGAGUUGGGUAACCGUGAGAUUUUGCCAUAAAUAUGGCAUCAAAAUCAAGUAUAGAGUAUGAGGCGAUUCCAGUAACAGCUUUAAACUGCAGUUUCCGAAAGAAACUGGGGCUGUAUUUGAAUCCAACAAACGCAGUGGCAGCAGACUGGAGGACAGUCGCCGAAAUGAUGGACUUUACCUACCUGGAGAUCAAAAACUUCGAGAAAAGAGAGUAUCCCUUUGAAAAGGUCUUAACGGAGUGGGAAACUCGUCCAGAGGCAACCGUAGCAAAUUUACUGUCGAUUUUAGAAAAAGCUGAAAGGAAAGAUGUCAUAACAGACCUCAAAGACAUUAUAGAUGAUGACUGCAGGAAGUAUUUGGAAAGACAGAUGAGGAAGCCUGUCCAGGUUCCAGUGGUGGACAGUUGUGGCCCGCGCACACAGGAGCGAGAAGGCAUCACGCUGUAUGAUAAUCCACAAGGACUAACACCGGAGACCUUUGAUGCUUUCAUCUGCUAUUGUCAGAGUGACUUCCAGUUUGUGCAUGAGAUGAUCAAACAGUUGGAACAGACUGAAUGCAACCUGAAGCUGUGUGUCUUUGACCGAGACGUCCUUCCUGGCGCAUGUGUGUGGACCAUCACCAGUGAGCUCAUAGAAAAAAGGUGCAAGAGGAUGGUGGUGGUCAUUUCUGAUGACUAUCUGGACAGUGAUGCAUGUGAUUUUCAGACUAAGUUUGCACUCAGCCUUUGCCCAGGAGCUCGCUCUAAACGUCUAAUCCCUGUUGUCUACAAAUCCAUGAAGAGGCCUUUUCCCAGCAUUCUCCGUUUUCUGACCAUCUGUGAUUACACCAGACCCCGCACACAGGACUGGUUCUGGAUGCGAUUGGCCAAAGCGCUCUCGCUGCCCUGAUCUUUUCCAUAAACACUGUUAAACGGGUCAUGAACUGCCUUUUUUAUUAUUUUGUACUGUUCUCUGAGGUCCACUUAUAAUGUUAUC